UGUACGAAAUCCAACAUACGGCGUCCUAGUUCACGGAAUUCGUACGCACUCUAUAGACAUGGUUAAAUUUGAGCAAAAUAGAGAAGACAUGCUCCAUGAAAAUAAGCCCUUCAUUCCCAGAGCUGAUAUCAAGUUCAUGGGUUGGCUGACCCGGAAGACACCGAGCAAAUCAGCCUCGUCAGUAAUUAUAGACUUUACCAGACCUGAGGAUGCCAAUAAGAUUAUUGAUGAAGGACUGAUCUGGCAAGGGGAGGUUUUCCAGUGCGAGCGAUACGAGAGGCAAUACUGCCCAGAGAAGUUUGAGCGGACCGCCAGCCGGAAAUGCGCGAAUUGCCACGCAGACCACGAGGCAUGGAAUCGGAUAUGCCCCAUCCGGAAGGACGAACUGGCCAAAACUAAGGAGGCAUAUGCCAUGCGAUCUCACUACCACCCAAGGGUAGCAUUACCCCGGUCGACAGCGCUCUCUGGAAUGACCGAACCGGUGCAAGGAAGAGGACAAAAGAGAACGAAUACUGGGACAACGCUGGUAGAUCAGGACAUGACGGCAACAGAGGAGGCGAGUGCGAGUCAGAGACCACAGCGUACUUUGGUUCCGUCUCGAAGAGCGCUCGAGGCACGGGAGAGUGGCACACUGAGAGGGACAGCUAGCGAACAGAUGGACAUCGAUCGUGGGACAGUAUCAUGA